AUGGAUAAAGAUGGUGACAAGAAGGGCGGCGGCGAGAAGAAGGGCGGCGGAGGUGGCGGCGGGGGCGGAGGGCAGUCGGGGGGAACCGGUUUGGGUGGCGCAGCCGGUGUCAACGAUCCGGCCGCCCUCCUAGACGCCGCCUCGCUUUUCGCAUACUGGGGACGUGAUCCGUCAGCCAUGGCAGCGGCGGCCGCCUCGAACCCGCUCUUCGGUUCCCAGUUCGCGAUGCCUGGCGGGCUCGGUGGUCUGAUGCCCAAUGCCGGGUCCGGUUCCGGCAGCGGUGGUAACGACCGUUUCUCGAUGUCCCACCAGCACCAGAACACGAUGGCCGUGGCCGCCUCGCAGGCAGCCUCGCUGGCCGGUUUGCACAACAGUUGGUGGUCGAUGGCGCAGCUGGCAGCUCAGGAUUACUUCGCCCGCCUGCAGGCCUCCGGGAUGUCGCAGCUGCCGUUCUCGCACGACCUGGCCGGCGCCUUUCCGGCGGGUCUCGGGCUGGGCGCGAUGGGUGCUGCGGCCGCGGCAGCAGCGGCCGCCGCCGGCGGAGGCAGCGGUUCGUCGCCGGGCGGUGCCGGUGCUUCAGGUGGCGGUUCCGGUGGUAACACCGGUGGCAAAGGCUCUGGGGGCGGUGGCAAGGGGAAGAAGCGCGACCGCAGCAGCAACAGCAACAGCAGCAACGCCAGUUCCUCCGGCAUGGGUGGCGGCGUCGGCAGUAUGGUCGGUAAUCCGGGUGGAAGCGGCGGUGGAGGUGGCAACUCUUCCUAUAAGAACUCAUCGUCACCGUCCGUGUCGCAGGCCGCCGCAGCCGCAGCGUACAAGCAAUCUCUCUACAGUCAGGCGACGUUGCACAAGGAGCUGAUGGCCAUCACCGCAGCGGCCGCCGCCGCUCAAAAUCAACAGCAACCGACCAGCAAUCAGCAACAGCAGCACCAGCAGCAACAACAACAGCAGCAACAACAGCUGCAGCAAGCACAACAACAGCAUCAGCUCGCCAGCCUGGGGAUGCUGGCCGGACUCGGUGGUGGCGGUGGUAUGAAUUCACUCGGCGGUGGCGGUUCCUCAUCGAAGCAAAAGUCCUCGUCCUCCGGUGUUGGCCCCUCGUCGACCGGUGGUGGUGGUUCGUCCGCGUCGCCUCACGGUGCCAGCCGGUUGAUUGGCAACGAUUCCAUUUCGAUCACGCGUGGUUCGAGCUCGCCAUCGGUGAGCGCCAGCAAGCAGCAACCGACGCCCAGCGUUACCAUCAGUGCCAGCCACGGAAGUCCGGCCCACCAGCAGAACCAUCUACAGAACCUGUCCUCGUCGUCUUCGUCGUCGCGCUUGUCCAAGGACUCGGGCAAGGGUGGCGGCAAUAGCCAAGGCUGUGGCCCAAGUGCGGCGGAUUUAGGCCUGAGUGCGUCGAUGAACGCCCUGAGCACACUGUCGCAGUUCAACAACCUCGAUCUGACCACCCAGCAGAACGUGACGGCAACGAUGAAUGCUCUGGCCGCCAGCCAGGCCAAGGCGAAGGACUACAUCUCGUCCGGAAUACUGAGUGAUCCUUCGUCGCUGCUCGGUGUACGUUUGCCGCCGGACACGGAGAUCAUCAAGUACACCUCGUCCAUCGUGGGACCCAAGACACCGGGCACGACCGGCCGCGGACGUAAGAAAACCAUUUCGCUAGAAGAAAAUUCCAAUUUUGCUCAAGUACAUGGUUUAAGUGCAGCCAAGCGCCAGCGACUGGAGCCGAACGACUAUGGCAACAAUAGCGGAAGUGGCGGCAGCGGGUCCUCCCAUCUGACCGGCAGUGGUUCCUCUUCCGGAGGCAUGUCACUCGGAUCUUCCAGUGGCGGGCUGCUUCCGCCCGGUCUUUCUGCCCACCAUCAUCACCAGCUCGGCAGCAACGGUGGCAUCGGAGGCCUUGGGCCCGGAUCAACCGGUGGUGGUGCUUCGAACGAUCGGAUAGAGGUCAUCAAACUGCCACCAACGAUCACAUCAAACGGAGUUUACAGUGCCAGCAAGGGUGGAAAAGACUCGAUGGCCGAUCAUGUCAACGAGUGGGCCGGUUUGAAUCUCAGCGCCAAGGGUGGCUCUGGUGGUGGUUCUUCGUCAGCGGCCGCUUCGAUCGUGUCCUCACUGACGGCGGCUGCCAACCUAGGCAGCGGUGGUGGUGUUGGUAAUAAUUCUGCCGGAAGCUGCGAACAGGACGAUGCGCCACUCAAUCUAUCGAUGAAACCCUCGAAAGCAUCUUCUGCUGGAGGAUCGGUCGAUCUGUCUGGCAAUACCUCGAGCUCUUCAUCUGCCAUGGGAUCCGCUAGUGCCAACAGCUUGCAGAGUCUCAGCACGAUUACGGCGGCCCUCGGUGGCAGUGGAGGCAACGAUUCGUCACGAUCCCGUCGUAAGACCGACAACAAAAAUCGUCGCAAUGCGGCGUCGGCGGCGGCUGCAGCGGCAGCGGCGGCGGCCUCGACGCUGAUGUCCACCACGUCGCCCAGUGGUGCAGCAGCGCUCGGCGGUAACCCCCUGGACGGGCACGUCAACAUAAGCCUCGCAUCGGCUGCAGCCGCCUAUGCGGCCGUUUCUCCGGUUUCCUCGACCGGAAACGCUGCUCCCGCUGGUGGUGGUUCCGGCACCAGCAGCACGCUCAACUCCCUGCUGAUGGCAUCGGUCGGUGGUUUGACCAAUCCGGUCAACACCGUCAGCAACAGUGCCGCCACUGGUAGCAACACUUCCAGCGCUACCAGUGCCAGUGCCUGCACCAACCAGCAGCUGAUGGCGGCUCAGCUCGGCUUCAACAGCUCGCUCUCGGAGCUUUUGAAAAUCUCCAAUUACGAGGAGUACGAUUACGCAUCGCUCGCCGGUUCUCAAUUUAAGGAAGGACGGCCACGUAACUUAGGCCGAGGUGUUUCGAAGCCAAAAAAGAACACCGUCGCAUCUCUGUUGGCCCAGAGCCGUGCCGUCGGGUCCAAACCUCUAACUGCCCAGCAACUGUUGACGCAAGAAGCCGAAAUGGAAAAACUUCGCCAAGCAAUGAUCGAAGCGAGUCGAAACCAGCCCCUCGACAACAGCACUUCCAACACGAACACCGACACGGAGAGCAUUUCCGAGAGUGGGAUGUCCGAGUCGGAGGGCGAGGAACACAUUAAUGUUAGCGAUCUACGGGUACCGCUAGAGAAAGGCUGGCGAAGGGAGACUGUCAUCCGGGGUCUGACGAAGAGUGGGCACAUUAAGGGCGAGGUAUUCUACUAUCCGCCGCAGAGUGUGAAUAAAAUGAAGGGCAUGAAUCAGAUACAGUUGUACUUGGAUCAGUUCAAACCACGAGAUCUCGGUAGGGAUAACUUUAGCUUUUCGGCGAAGGCGAUCGUCGGUACGUUCCUGCAACCGGCUCCGCCACCGUACGCCACCGACGGCGAGUACAUAAAGAUGACCGACGUCGAAGUGAGUCGGCGGCUGGAGGAGCUGAAAGUGUUCACACGCCACGCAGCGCUCGGUGUUGAGCAGCGUAUCGAAAUCGCCAAGCAACAGCAGCUCAUGCGCGAUGCCAAGAAACAGGCCAAGGAGGAGAUGAAUAAAAAUAAAGAAAAGGCUCGCCAGGCCAAGGAAGCUGAGCGUAAUGAACGGCUUGAACAGCAGCGCAAGGAACGGGAACUUAAGAAUCAGCAAGCGCUAGAGGCCAAGAAAAAGCGCGAAGAAGAAAUCGCCCGGCAGAAGGCCGAGGAAGCAGCACGUAAGGCACAGGAAAAAGAACAAAAGCGCCAGCAGGCACUGUUGCAAAAGGAACAGGAACUUGCCAAACAGAAGGAACUUAUGUACGCGAUGGAAAUGGAACGUGAAAGGAGGCGGCAGCAUAUGGCACUCAUCAAGCAACUAGAAUUGCGUCGCAAGUUUGAAGAAAAGGAGAAGAAGAAGCAUCAGGUGAUUCUGGACAAGCUGAUCCAGCGCGAAAAGAAGCUGGUGAUGCGCAAGCGUGACACGAACAUCCUGUCAGAGUUGAGGAAACCGCAAGAGGACUCGGAGAUCAUCGAUCAAACGGAACUGCCGACGUUCUCCCGCAUCCCGGGUUUGAAGCUGACCGGCACCGGUUAUGCCGAUUUGCUGAUGGUCUUUGAGUUUUUGCACAACUUUGGAGAAACACUUGGUUUCGACAUGGAAUCACUGCCUUCGUUGCAAUCGCUGCAUCAAGCAUUAACGUCCGAGAACGCGAUCGAUGCCGAGGAAGAGCUGCUCUCAGUGAUGACCCACCUCUUGGUGUGCGCAAUCGAAGACCCAGGAAUUCCGAACCCGGGGCGCCACACGACACUGCUUGGCCAAACAUUGCGCCAGGCUGACAUUACUCACACAAAUGUGUCGGAAAUACUGCGUAUUUAUCUGUACGCCGUCGCGACGGGUGAAGUGCGGCUUCAGUCCGGCAUAAAUCUCGAGCGUGACCGUGACGCGCCGUCCAAGCACCAUUUGGUGAACGACGAAGACUUCAAGAUGUGCAGCACCAAAAAUUCACAGUUCUACGAGUUGCUGGCUGAGAACGCGCGCUACAAGCUGUCGGAGCUGUUGAAGGAUAAACCGUUCGUCGCGCUCAACCCAACGACGAAGACGGAAAUUCUCGCCAUGCUGUGCAAUGACCUGCUAAUGAACAAGGCGGUCUGCAAGCAGAUUGACAGUAGUCUCGAAGCGCAGGCGCAGCUCAAAAAGGAGCGGUAUCUGUUGGACAACAAGAUCCGGAAGUACAAGAUGCUGGUCGCCCGCAAGCAGCGACUGGAGCAGUACGAGAAGGCGCAACAGGCGGCACUUGAGAAGUCACUCUCGAUGAAGGCGGCAGAGGAAGCGAAAAGGGCUGCCGAAGAGGCGGCAGUCCUAGCGGCGGCCGCCGUUGCCGCUACAGCCGUCAACACUACCACGGAUGCGGCGGCAGAAGGUGCCAGUGAAGGUAGCGAAGGGACCCCGAUGAAAGUGUAUUCCGGUGAUGGUGUGAAUAGCGCUGACGUCGUCAGUACUUCGCUGGAGAACGGUGGCCCUACUGAGGGAAUGAAAGCGUCAGAAGAGACGAAUGAAGGUGUUAAAUCGGAUGGACCACCGAUGCGGCUGGGCGAUGCAUCGGCGGCAGAAGAAGCGACGUGUCUUGAGGAAGGCGAAAUAUUUAACAAAAACGAUCACAGCCAGAGGAACGGAGGUGACGAGGAACAUAAAACUAUGGAUGAUGACGAUGACGAUGAUGACGAUAAUGAUGUGGUGGAAAUCGUACCAAUGCCAGUCACCUGCACGGUGACGGAAGAAUCCUGCCCCAACACGAUCGCACCCUCACCGGAGGAUGGCGAAAAUGGGGAACAGUCGAAAAGUGAACCUGUCUCCGAAGGAGAUGCCAUCGGCAGUGCUGCUGCUUCGACGGAUGCAUAUGCAGGGGACUCUAACCAACCGGAAGCAGCAAUCAAUGGCAUCGAAAUGGGUGGAGUGGAUCGGAAAGAGAGGGACGUUAAUGGGGAUGGCAGUGUCUCGCAAGAAAACUAUAAUCCCUCAAUCGGUGGCCCGAGAGUGGUUGAAGAAUCUGGUCCGCUGGCUCACGCGUCACCAUCUCUGCCGCUCGCUCCGGCUAUGCACCACAAACCCUUACUUCAGCUCGAACCGGGAGAGAUCCCUCCUCCGGGAAUGGAUCUGUCGGCCUAUAGCCAAGCACCGCUCGACAUCCCGACCAUUUCCGUCCCUUCCACUCCGGAGGAAAGUCCGAUAAAGAUUGGUGAUAAUGGUGUUACGAUGAUCGGCUCUGCGCUACCCAAUGGAGGGCUGAUUAAACCGCUAACCGAUGAUCACCACCAUCAUCACCAGGGCCAGCAUCAUGCAUCGAACAGCUCUGCUACCGAGCUCGAUCUGCUUUCGAAAUCGAUGAUUGGAGCUGGCGGCGGCGGUGGUGUUGGUGUGGGUGGAAGUACGUCGUGCGUUGGCGAGCGUGUCGAUGACGACAACAGUGACCUGGAGAGCGAAGGUACGCAGCUGGAGGAGGACGAAGACGCCCACCUAACGGCGGAAGAAGCGCAGCGGAAGUACGAUAAAAUAUUGGAAACCUCGUUUCAAAACAAACAACAACUCGAGAACGCACUCAAUCAGCUGCGGGUGAAGUGUUUCGGCCAGGAUCGGUUCUGGCGCCGUUACUGGAACCUGGGCAAGUGCGGCGGCAUCUACGUGGAGGCGAUGGAAUCAACGCAACCGGAGAUGUACCGUUACGAGAACGCACUCGAGGAGCUGCAGGCUCGCCCGGAUUACGUGCCAAAGUAUGCGCCUGCCCCGCGUGAUCCUUCCAGCAGUGAGCCAGCCUCUGGCGGUGUCGCCGAUGGUGAUUGUAAAAAGGAAGAACUGGAACUGGAGAACGGUGGCGGAACGCACAAAGUGGAACCACUUUCGGUAGAUGAAACUGGUCAGCCCAGCGGUAGUGGCAACAAGCGCAAACGAUGCUCUUCGGUGUCGUUGAAGAAGUUGAAGAAAAAGAAAAAGAAACCGCGAACCACAUCCGAGGGUGGUGCGUCCUUCGGGGGCGGCGGACAGACGGAGGCUUCGGCUGCCGCUGCUGAUGACGGUGACGAUGAGGAUGAAGAUGAGGAUGAAGAAGGCGACGAAGGUGAUGAAGGGGCGGACAGUGACCGAGGAGAGCGUGAAGCGACGAAUGAUGGGCGCUGUUCACGGACAAGUAUCAGCAAUGGACCCGCACUGGAAGACGGCCGCACCGGUGAUUCACAGUCUGACGAUUGUAAGAUCAUCGAUGAACCAGAAGUUGUCCUCACGGAAGGGGAAGCGCCGCGCGCCGUUGUUGCUGUCGCACAAGAUGUCGGCCAGGCGGACGAGGAAGCGAAAGAGAAGAAUAGCAACGUGGAGCAACAACAACGGGCAACUGGUGGCGUAGAUCAGUCGUCGCCGGAUGUUUCUUCUCUACAUCAUAAUUCACAACCGGAAACCGCAUCGGUUGCUUCAGCGCUCAGCACCACCAGUACCGGUAGCACUGUGCCAGCUGGUCGGACGAAAAAACCCGAUGAUCAGCUAAUGGACAUCGAGGACUCAAUCCCAACUGCGAUCCUCGUGCAGAAGGGUAACGAUCACGACGAAACAAAAACGGUCGAAGUCAACAGCCAGAUCGGAGGCGUGAACGUUGGGUCGAACCCAUUAACUCAGCAGCAGCAACUACAGCAGGAGGAGGACGAUGAUGUGACGAUGGUGCAGGAAGAAACACCGACCAUCACCAUCCCAGACGAUGACACGGAGAGCGGCGAUCGAUCAACCGAUCAGAGGCCACAGCAGCCGAUCGACGAGAAGGGAUCACAACAGCUAACCGGCAGUGGGGAAAGUGGUGGUGGUGUUGUUGGUAUGAUGAACUGUGAUAUGAAGCCAAAACUGGUGGAGAACGGCGGAACUGGAGGGAAUGGGGAGGAGCUGCGUGAUCCGGGGGAGCUGGUCGAGUGUCAACUGCGCGAGCUGGACGAUGAGGAAUCGGCGGGUGAGCAGAAGCGAGAAGACUUUAAAGUCACGCAGAGCGCCACGGGCAAGUCCCAGGUUACGACGACCACAACUAAUGCCAACACGAAGACGACGACUUCGAUCAUCUCGUACGGCAGCGAUGUGGAGAUGAUCGAGGUGAAGGAAGAAGAGGACGAAGGAUGCACGAACAGCAGCAGUCUCCGCGGUGCAUCGACGAUCGUCGGACCGGCCCGUUAUCUGUAUCUGCGCGACGUCGAGACGAAGCAGGAAAAAGAGUUCAGCGAUCAGCUGCUAAACCGCUGGUUCUCGAUCGUCGACAAGGAGCUGCCCCUGGCGAGCACCGAGUGCCCUCUGCCGACGAUCAACGGUAAUACUCCCGCCUCGAUGGCACGGCAGAUUUUCACCAACAUUACGUGCCGAGAAAUCUGCCAACUGCAGGGCAACCGGUGGGACAUUGGGAACAACAUUCAGUUUUUUAGCGUGCCGCUUGAAAAGGGCGUCGAGAUACACUUCCCAAACGAGUCGAUCCUUUCGCUGUCGGGUUUGGACGAUGACGAGAUCGGUGAUGUGAUUGGCCGAAAAAGCAAACCCGAGCCACUGCAGCUGUCCGAUAUGAAGCCCGCGUUUAAGCGGGAAACGAUCGACUACAUCUACAGCCAGCACCAUCCGAACAAUCUGAAAGCCGAAGUGAAAGACGAAGCGGGCGGCGAUCCGGAAGAGUACGGGAACUUUUCGCUCCCGGCGUACAUGACACUGACGCUCUCGAAUCUAACCGCCUACGUGCAGUGCGAUCAGUUUCAACCGCUGCAAAUGACGGCGGAAGAGGAAAAGCAACUGGAGGACAUUAAACUGCACGGUGCGCCCCGCAAGACCGAACCGACGGUUGUGCCGCGGGAGUUUCGGUACGGCUGGUGGAAGAUCAACGACAUCGAGGAGCUGAACGAGCUGAUCAAGCGCCUCAAUCCUCGGGGCGUGCGGGAGCGGUUGCUGCGGCAGAGCUUGCUGGAAUCGCUAGCCGAGAGUGUCAAUCUAAGUACCCCGCACCAUGUGGCGCACCCGCGUGCACCGCCACCAGCGUGCGGUUACAUCGAGCCGGAAGCCUGGAAUGCAUGGAAUCCGACGAUCGCGCGGCGUGUCGAGAUCGCACUGCUCGAUCAGAUCGAAGCGAUGGAGGAUAAGGUGGCGAGCGCCUCGAUGCAGGUGAAGGGUUGGCAAAUGCCGCAGCGUGAAGGUGACAGCGAGAACGGGGUCGUCGAGGACGUGACGAUCGAAAUGUUGCGCGAACGGAUCCUCGGCAUGGAGGCGGCCAUCGAGCGGCGCUACCUGAAGCCACCGCUGGGAAUCAAGUCUCCCAUCCACAGCACCACCGAGGCACAGAUGGCGGUGAUUGCGCAACAGGAAGCGCACCACAACCAGAACAAUUCGAACGUGUCGAACCUCUCGAACUGCUCCAACAGCUCCGCCGAGGACGAGAACUUGCCUAAAGGUUUGCUAUCAUGGCGCGAUGCAGUGGAACGCUCCGUCACUACCGCCCAGCUGUCGAUGGCACUGUACGUGCUGGAAUCGUGCGUUGCCUGGGACAAGAGCAUCAUGAAAGCGAAGGUGAAAAAGAACGGUGGUAGCCAAAGGCCUAGGGCGGUUACAGGAGGAGGCAGCAAAGGAAGCAAAAAGAAAAAUGGUGCCGGUGGCACCCAAGCGAGCAAGAAAAGCACUGCUACUACUAAUAAUCAUGCUACCAACGCUACUAACAACUUGGAAUCGGGUGGAACGGCGACGAUGACGGCGACAGCGACAGUGACUGCGAUGGCGGCGGCGACGACGGCGGCGACGGCGAUGAUGGCCAACGGCAAAGCGAAGAAGAAAGUCACCUCGAAAUCCAAACUGUCUUCCCUUCUAUUGCAGAAUUGUCAGUUCUGUCAAUCGGGAGAGUCCGAGGACAAGCUGCUGCUGUGUGAUGGUUGUGAUCGCGGCUAUCACACCUACUGCUUCAAGCCUCGCAUGGACAAGAUACCGGACGGGGACUGGUACUGCUUCGAGUGUAAGAACAAAGCCACCGGAGAGCGGAAAUGUAUUGUGUGCGGAGGACUGCGACCACCGCCGCUCGGCAAGAUGGUGUAUUGUGAGCUCUGCCCCCGGGCUUAUCAUCAGGAUUGCUACAUACCGCCGAUGCUGAAGUAUCCACGGGGUAAAUGGUACUGCCAGAACUGUGUUUCUAAGGCACCGCCCAAGAAGAAACCGCAGCGUAAACCCAAGGAACGUACCACCAACAAUAGCUCGCAGAACCACUCGAUGCUCAGCACGUCGCUAAACAGCUCGCAAAAUCAGUCGUUGAACUCGUCGCAUGAAGACAUUGCAACGACCCCGUUAAGUCCAGCACAUUCAAUAGCGUCCACGAGUCAUGAAGAGUCGUCGGCGCCACAACAUCUACAGCACCAUCCGGUCGCCGGUGGCAGCAGCAGCUCUCUGCAGGCGACGUACAGUGGCCAUAGCGGUACCACCGUUCCGGUUGAUGCUGGCAAUUAUGCCGCUUGUCAUCCUCCGGUGCCCCUGGAGCAUCAACAUUUGUCCUACCAGCAACAGCAACAAUACUACCAGCAGUACUACCCACCAUCUGCUGCUGAUUACAAUGCCCUUUAUCAGCAGCAGCAACAGCAAUCGUCUUCUCAAGCGCAACAUCAAAUCACUGAAGGACAACCCCAUUUUGGUGGUGAAGGAGGUGGUUCGACAUGCGAGCCUACCGCACCGGCUGUAGUCGCAGAAGCCGGUCACGCAACUGACUACGAGAGUAGCACCAAUCGGGACACAACGGUAGCCGCGCUUGGUCCGCCGCAGGGGAGCGAUGCUUCGUGUAAUGAUACUACGGUUACACAAUCCGCGGAUCAGCAACACGCACAACAGGAAGGUGCGUCAUCCUCUCCAUCGACGGCUGGUAGUAGUAGCAGUGGUAGCAGCGAGGAGCAGUAUUACGUCCCGCCUUCGGGCCAGACGACGACGUCGGCUACGGCUUGUACUUCCGGCUACUCGGACAUUGAACAGCAGCACAGUGUGGGCGAUGGCGGUGACGGUGGCGGCAGUUGCGGAGGUGAUUCGUCGGAAGAGUACGCUUCGCGGCCCUCCCCGAUGAAGGACUCGUCCGAACCGCGCAAGGAACGCUCACGGGAGCGUGACGAGGCGAAGGAACGUGCAAAGCAAGAGAAGAAGGCCACCAAGAAGCUACUCAAAGAGUUGGCCGUCUGCAAGACAAUUCUGGAGGAAAUGGAGCUUCACGAAGACUCGUGGCCAUUUUUGCUGCCGGUAAACACGAAGCAAUUUCCAACCUAUCGCAAGAUCAUCAAAGUUCCGAUGGAUCUGUCGACGAUCAAAAAGCGCCUCCAGGAGCUGACAUACAAAUCACGCGACGACUUUAUCGUAGACGUGCGCCAAAUAUUCGACAACUGUGAAGUCUUCAAUGAGGAUGACUCACCUGUCGGCAUCGCUGGCCACGGUAUGCGAAAGUUUUUCGAGCAGCGGUGGACCGAUCUGACGGACAAGCACUCCUGA